UGCUCAUCAUGCUUUCAGCUCACGCGAGUCCCCACAAGCCAGCUGGUCACAACACCAUUUCUUCUUCAGCUCUAUAAGAGUCCCAUUUAACCGUCUUUCCCUAAUUACGAAAAUUGUUGCCGUUUGUCCGAACCCGGAAGGUCGCCCGCCAAAAACAACCCCUAUCAGUUCGGGUCCGUGUUAUAGCUAUUAACGCUUUUAAAUCUGCUCAUCGUCUCGGGCUCGGAACUGUGCGAUCGAAGCAGCGUGACGAAUCGCUCUGCAGGAUCAGGUGCAUGCGGUCGUAAUGGAGGAUCCAACUGAUCCGCCCAAUGACAAUAGGCAAUCUGGCAAAUCUCAGAACACCCUCAAACGAGGAGAUGCUUGCCUGGCUUGCCGCAAGAGACGAAUUCGCUGCGAUGCGGAAAAACCAGCGUGCUCGACCUGUGUGAGAUUGAAGAAAGAGUGUCAAUAUGUCGUAGGAAAGCCGAUCAGCAAGAUGGCCAGGUUGAAAGAGAGAAUUGCGACACUGGAGGAGCGUAUAGCAAGUCGCGAAGUUCCAGAUGCUCCUGGGCCAAGUGUGUACCCGGUACCCAUGCCCUCUGGCGACAUGUCAUUGAAUCCUGGACCUUCGACACAGGCCUCGGCUGGAUCUUCGGGUCUUAAUACACCUCGUCUCUCUUCUUUCGAUGGAUCGACGAUUGAUCCCACGUUAUUUUCUUCUUUCACUGCAACGGGACCACUUCCUGAUUUCUCGAAUCCCAUGACGGGCGACGUCAUGACCUACGAUCAGAUGAUGACACAGAAUGCAGGCAGCUCACCACAUCGCUUUGCACAAAGUACGAAUCCUCAUCCGCUUCAACAACCGGAUCCAAACUUCGACUUUGAUUUUGGGCUGUUGGAUUCGACCAUGAUGGAUCUCGCUGGAUCCUUCUUGCCGACAGAUCUCAAUUCUGGACACUCGGACUUGUUUGACACUUCUGUCCCUGCAGCAAUAAACUCUGGUGGAUUCAGGAGCCCCGGCGCAUCGGGUCCGACUGACCAAGGAGGUAGUCUAUUCAACGGACCACAGGUAAUCCUGAAAUCCGACAGCGGUUGGAGCAGGCAAUCUGAACCACAGCCUAGUCUGAACUUUGGCAAUGGAACUCUCAGCGGGGGAUGGUUCGAUCCGACAGACCUUCCACCACCAGUCAGAGAUCACCUGCUCGACAUGUUCUUCAGUCAAGGAUCAAUAUUCAUAUCCAUGUUUGAUAUCCCUCGAUUCUAUGCGUCUCUCACCUUGCCGCCCGCCAAACGACCUCAUCCUGCACUCUUAUAUUCCAUGUACCUUUUGGCAGCCCGUCGUUCCAGUCACGCGAAGCUCAAAGCGCUGGAGUCGAAAUUUUGCGAAAUUACAGAGCAGCAGAUCAACAUAGGAAACAGACAAAAUGACAGAACUCUAGACAUCAUACAAGCUGUCAUCUUGUUUGCACAGUAUCAAAUCACAAUUGAGCAGUUCAGCGUGGCUUUCACAGUGGCCGCCAUGGCCGUUCGUCUGUCAAUGACCUGCGGUCUUCAUCGCAUCCCUUCGGGUGUCUUUCAUCCACCGCGGACCGUCAACAGCGCCGUGUCAUUCAUGCUGCGAACUGGUGGAUGGUAUCUGGAGCCUCCAAAUGAUGGCACCGAGCUGGGCAUCAGAAUACACACUUUCUGGGCCGUCUUCCAAGCGGAAUAUUCGAUAGCUAUUGCACACGUCUGGGAGCCUAUUCUGCGACCAGAAUCGAUCACCACUCCACUGCCUCGGCCGCUGGAAGAGUAUGCCUUACAUCUGGUGACAGCGAAGGACGAUGUGACGCUAAUGGCGGCGCUCCGCGCUCCAUCGCCGUCUAGGCCCAUAGUACCUGGUCACGAUUCAUGGUAUAUCUGCGCCAUCAAGAGCUGGGGCUUCAUGGAAAAAGUGUUCCGGCUCCGAGAUUCACCGCCCGAGCUGCCGAUAGUGCCUCCUCCAUCUGUCGACCUGAUCACUCCUGGUAGGAUAGCCAGCGGGGCAGCUUCGAUCCAGGCUAGUUGUCCCAAAGCCUUUACGGAGCUCAAAGCUGCGAUGGACUAUUUCUGUGACACCUUGCCACUGCAGUUCAGCCUUCCUUGGCACAGAUGGGAAGGGAAUGAACCAUUCCAUCAGCCUCAGCAGCCUCUACCGGAUCUCGUGUCGAAGAUCUGGUUCCUGAUCGGAUUCACCUAUCUUCAUUUGUUCAAUGUUCGAACUCUGGCGGAGCGAAAUGAUGAUGCGGUGCGCGUGGCCAGAAGACUCGUCAAGCUGGUUCUGGGGUCUCUGUCAAUCUGCGAGACCUGGCGAGGGUACGACAUGUUCUUCAUCAUCAUCUGGAACGAUCUGGCCAUGACUCUGCUGAGGGAGCUCAAGAGGAUCGAGUUCGCUGGGAAUGCUAAGGAGACGGAUGAUGCGCAUGGGAUUGAGGCGGAUUUCGAUCUCGUCAUGGGAGCCAUUAAAGAGUGGUCGCUGCUCAAUGUCAAGACGAAGCAUGGAGACGCCGAUAUCGCCGCUAUCAACUGGAGAAUGCUUGAUACAUUCAAGCCGAUGCCCAAAGAGAUGUGGUUGGAAGCUGCACAGGAAGCCAUGGAGCGAUUCAGAUGAGGCCAAUAAGGAUUGCAGGCGCGCGGCCAGCUUUGAUCUCCUGGAUCUUCGGACAUAAACGGGUUUGAUUUAUUACCCGAAGUCUCUCUGAUUAUGCAACUGAUAUGGUUU